AUGCUGUGGCAAUUCUUGUCACUGACAACCCUAGUUGCAUACGUCUCGUGCCAUGGCCGGGUCUCGUACCCGCCGUCCCGAGCCACCAUGUGGAGGUUUGGUUACCCCACUCCCGAAAACUAUGACGACACAGCACUAUAUUGCGGAGGUUACGAUCGGCAAUACUCCGUAAAUGGUGGAAAAUGCGGUAUCUGCGGAGAUGCGUACGAUUUAGAAGAGCCGAGACCCCAUGAACUUGGUGGUAAAUAUGGUUUAGGUAUAAUCGUCGCUGAAUUCGAAGCAGGUGAGGUAUUUGAAGCUACCGUCGAAAUAACAGCCUAUCACCGCGGAUAUUGGUACUUCAAGAUCUGCCCUGACCCGACCUCUACCGAUCAAGCUUGCUUCGACCAGUACCCACUCGAACUCGAAGAAGGCGGGACAAAUUAUUACCCGCCCCACGGCGGUGAGUACAAAGUGAACUAUCGUCUUCCCAAGGAUUUGGUCUGCGAUCAUUGCGUUCUCCAAUGGAAAUAUGUCGCUGGUAACAACUGGGGCCCUUGCGAGGAUGGUACUGCAGCUAUAGGUUGUGGCAAUCAAGAAACAUUUAUGGCAUGUUCUGAUAUAAAGAUCGCAGUUCCGGAAGUAGCUGUCGAAGGUGGUCCAAUUCCCAUCGAAGUGGAGGAUAUGGCUCAGUAG